GUGGAUUUAUGUGACACUGACAACUCCGUUCCAUGACAUUUCACAAAAAAAACAUAUAGUCAUUCCUAAAGCAACAUACCGUAUUUUCAAAAUUCGAUGAUAAAUUUCUGCUACACAAUAAAUAUUUAGUAAAAUGAGUAGUUUUGGUGAGAUAAAUGAACCCUCGAGUAGGACUGCUUGGGAAGAUUGGGACGAUGGUCUUUACAGCGAAAAUCUAACAGAGUUGCGCUUUGACAGAGAAAUGGAAGUUCCUCGAGAUAUUAAUACAUUCAUCAUAUUAGAAGGCAGAUACAUCUAUGACAGCAUUAGAACUCAGCAUAACUUAGAGCUCAUAAAUACUAUUGCAGAUGUUAAUUUACGCUUGUAUAAAACUAAAAAGCUGGGCAACUACGUUUGCGUGAUCAGGAAUUAUAGUUUAGUGUUAAGCAGUGAAAUAGUUGAGCUAUUAAAGAAAUAUAUAAAUAUCAGUACAAAUGUUGUUGCAAUGUUAACAAAACCACUUGUGGAAUACCAAGUUGCUGAGCUUGUAACUAAGGACUAUAUACUCAGGAGUCUAUGCACAAGUAAACAGUUAUCAAAACCUAUUAACAUAGUAUUCCCUAAUUUGGAGCAACCAAAUAUUAUUUCAGGUAUUUCUGCAGGAGUACUUUGUUGGAGGGAAACCAUGGACCAGCCUGCAAUUGCUGUAGUCUGUUACAUAGAACAUCCAGAAGAACAACAAAUAAAAGAAUUGUAUGAUUUAUUGGAGAAACUAGAUGUUAUACCACAUGUGGAAAACAUACACAGAACCAAUUUAAUGAACUCAAACUUAUACAUUUGAUUAAACUUUUACUAUAUUCA